AUGGCCGAUGUCGCUGAGCAGACCGCUGCUCCUCCUGCCGCUGCAGAUGCCGCCUCGAACGAGCUGGUCACCACAUCAGCCGACGGCGCUGAAAAGGUCGUCAUCACCACCAACGCCGAGGGCAAAAAAGUGAAGAAGAUCAUCCGCAAGAAGCGCAGGCCCGCCCGCCCUCAGGUCGACCCCAGCACCUUCAAGUCCGAGCCCCCGCCCCAGACCGGCACCAUCUUCAACAUCUGGUACAACAAGUGGAGUGGCGGCGACCGCGAGGACAAGUAUCUCUCCAAGCAUGCUGCGCCUUCACGCUGCAACAUUGCCCGCGACACCGGCUAUACGCGCGCCGACAGCGUUCCCGGAAGCUACUUUUGCCUCUUCUUUGCCCGCGGCUUGUGUCCCAAGGGCGCCGACUGCGACUACCUGCACCGCCUCCCCACCAUCCACGACAUGUUCAACCCCAACGUCGACUGCUUCGGUCGAGACAAGCACGCGGAUUACCGUGAUGACAUGGGAGGUGUUGGGAGCUUCAUGAGGCAAAACAGAACCCUUUACGUCGGCCGCAUCCACGUCACCGACGACAUCGAAGAGAUCGUCGCCCGACAUUUCCAAGAAUGGGGCCAAAUUGACAGGACACGCGUUCUCAACACCCGCGGUGUCGCCUUCGUAACGUACACCAACGAAGCGAAUUCGCAGUUUGCGAAGGAGGCCAUGGCCCACCAAGCUCUCGAUCAUAGUGAAGUCCUCAACGUGCGCUGGGCCACUGUGGACCCGAAUCCACAGGCUCAGAAGCGUGAGGCGCAUCGAAUCGAGGAACAGGCUGCUGAGGCCAUCCGUCGCGCCCUGCCCGCCGAUUACGUCGCUGAAAUCGAAGGUCGUGACCCGGACUCAAAGAAGCGCAGGAAGAUUGAGGGAAGCUUUGGCUUGCAAGGAUACGAUGCUCCGGACGAUGUGUGGUACGCAAAGGAAAAGGCUGCCCAGCUGGAAGCGGCGCAAAACGGAGGUCUUUUGGAAGCGCCCGAGGAACAGAAACUGCUCGAAGCAGCCGCCGAUCAGGAGGAAGCCGUCAACCAGCAGCAACAAUAUGCCACCAAGGAGGACAACGAUGGCAUCUUCUCUGGGUCCACGCUGGCAAUGCUGAAGAACUCAGGCGUCACUUUCACAUCUGGGAAAAAGGAAGAAGAUCGCCCCAAGGGCCCGCUUGUCGGUUACGGAAGCGAUGACAGCGACUGA